AUGAGUGCCGAUUUAUUAGGUGACGAGACAGACAACAGACUCGAUCCAGAAGUUGCAGCUAGUGCAUUCCCAGACAUCGAAGGUGUAGACGGCGCAGACGAGAAGUUCCCAGAGAUACCAGCGACAGGCGAAGCAAGUGCAUCCCCAGUAGUAGCAGCUCCAUUAGAAGAUACACCAAAAGAUGAUAUCCAACAGUUUGAAUCAUCUUUCCCAGCUUUAGAGGAACCAGAAGUUAGUACGGGACCGGAGAUUAGCACACCAUCAUUCGUUCAAUCAGACUUUAUUCAACAAACCCCAUCAAAUCAGGGCAUCGCAGCACCUCUUUUCAGCGCGAGGACGUCAACCGAUCCAGAACCUGAGCCAGUAAGAGAAUGGCGCGAAAAGCGCGCUAAGGAGAUCGCAGAACGUGAUACAGAAGCUGAGAAAGAGAAGGAUGAGAUAAAACUCAAAGCUGAAAGAGCUAUUGAUAGCUUCUACAAAGAUUACAAUGAACGUAAAGAGAAGAAUAUUGCGAAGAACAAGGAGGAUGAACAGGAAUUUCUUAAUAAGCGCACAGAUGCCCUCGCGAGUGGGACGACAUGGGAACGUAUUUGCGAUCUCCUCGAUAUUGACAAUGUUGGAAAUAAACAGCUCGCUCGGAAAGAUCUCGGGAGAUUCAAGGAAGUACUCACCGGUUUACGCAAGCAGGGUGAAAGAGCGUGA